AUGUUCAAUUAUAUUUUUUUAACCAUUUCCCAAAAAUCUUCCCCGGGUAACAGCAUCGUUUGCGGCUGGCACAAUGAUAAGAUAAGAAACCUAGUUAUUAAAUUAACACAAACAUUACAGACACUUUCAAAAGGCCAUCGAACCAUGCUGAUAACUCUAAUAUCAUCGCUUCUACUAGCAACAACCCGAAUAACCUCACGUCCCAUACAAACACCCUUUCAGGACGAAACAACUCUGCCCGUCCCACCACCGGACAUAGACAUAACACCCUUACCACGCUACCCCUCCCUCACACCUGAUCAAACCUUAUUGAAAAUUGGAUCUCAUGCUGCUAUCUCCUCAGACCUCGAGUUUUGCAAUAAUCUAACCAUGAACCGCAUCCUAAGAAAGUUCCCCAAAUCCACGGCAUUUGAUGCCACAGUUACUCAGACUCUAUGUAUAGGUCUGAUUAAUUUCUUCAAUAGUGGGGUCGGUGGAGGUGGAUACUUGGUAACUUCCUCCUCCUCUUCCAAUAAGGAUGAAAAACCUCUCACUAUUGAUUUCAGAGAGAUGGCACCGGGGAACACCACAAGUGAUAUGUUCUUGAAGGAUCCCGUCUUGUUACCGAAAGUGGGGGCCCUCGCUGUCGCUAUCCCGGGGGAGUUGAUGGGUUUGUGGGAGUUGUUUCAAAGGAGAGGUUCAGGGGAGGUGACGUGGUCCGAGUUGUUAGAACCUAUUAUUGAAGUGGCUGAAGAAGGUUGGGUCGUCGGAGAUGUAUUGGCAAGUACGUUGGAGAUGUAUGAACCCUUGUUCUUGAGAAUGGGGAAAGAUGAUUGGUCUUUCCUUCUAAAUGAUGCUAAGGAUGGGGUUUUGCAAGAGGGGGAUAUUAUGAGGAGACCGGAAAUGGCAAAAUUAUUGAGGGAAUUGAGUAAUAAUGGUUCUGUGGCACCAUUUUACGAUAAGGAUCAUUGGAUUGUUAAAUCUAUGGUUAAGAAGAUUCAAGAUUAUGGUGGUAUUGUCACAGAGGAUGAUUUUAGCAAUUAUAAAGUCAAGGUUGAUGAACCUUUAUCGUUAAUUAUAAGGGAAGGCGAUCCUUACUUCCCGGAUGAUGGAUUGACCGUAUUAACAUCUAGUGGUUCAAGUUCAGGUGCUGCUUUAUUAUCUGCUCUAAGGAUCCUAGAUCAUUUCCCCAUCAGUGAAGGUGGAGAUUAUCAAGAUGAUACAACUUUCCAACUAAUUGAAUCAAUGAAAUGGAUGGGUAGUGGUCGUAGUAGACUAGGUGAUUAUUUUUAUAAUGAUUCGAAUGCUGCUUUACCUGAAAAUAUACGGCACAUAAUGAAUGAUUCCUGGAUUGAAAAUGCUGUUAAUCUAAUGAGGGAAAAUCAAGGCCAUACUUUACCUAAUUAUACUUAUUAUGAACCAGAAUACGAGAUGAAUGAACCCCAUGGUACUGCUCAUUUUAGUAUUGUUGAUAAAUUUGGUAAUGCUGUAUCGUUAACUACUACAGUAAACUUAUUGUUUGGAUCUAUGCUACAUGAUCCAAACACAGGUGUUAUCUUUAAUAAUGAAAUGGAUGAUUUUUCACAACCUCAUCAAUCAAAUAAUUUUGAUUUGAAUCCAUCCAAAUAUAAUUUCCUUGCACCGGGGAAGAGACCAUUAUCAUCAGCAGCUCCCAUUAUUAUCCUUGAUAGCCUGGGUCGCCCAGAUUUGAUUGUAGGUGCAUCCGGUGGAUCUCGUAUCACUACAGCAAUAUUACAAACAAUUGUUAGAAUUUAUUGGUACAAGAUGCCCAUCUUGGAAUCAAUUGCUUAUCCAAGAGUUCAUCAUCAAUUAUUACCUGAUCAUUUAGAAGUGGAAAAUAUUACCAUGAUUGGUAAAGAAACAAUUAAAUCCUUGGAAAAUAUGGGGUAUACCAUCAUAGAACAAUUCCCCAAGAGUGUGAUAAAUGCUAUAAAAAAUUAUAGAUUGGAAUGGCAUGCCGUUAGUGAUUUCUGGAGAAAAAGAGGUGUAUCAUGUGUGGAUUAA